AUGUCCUAUCCUCAGGGUUACCUCUACCAGCCCCCGGGCUCUCUGGCUCUUUAUUCGUGUCCGGCUUACGGGGCCUCGGCUCUGGCUGCCCCGCGGAAUGAAGACUUGGCGAGGUCGUCAUCUGGCUCAGCCUUCAGCCCUUAUCCCGGAUCGGCUGCUUUCUCCGCCUCGGCUGGGGCAGGCUUCUCCAGCCCGCUGUCAUACUCCGCGGAUCCGACGACGGGAUUCCCAUCCUACAUGAGCUCUCCAUAUGACGCGCACACGACAGGCAUGGCUGGGGCGUUGAGUUACCACCCAUACGGGAGUCCAGGGUACCCCUACCAGCUCAACGACCCGGCUUACCGCAAAAACGCCACCAGGGACGCCACGGCCACCCUGAAGGCCUGGCUGCAGGAGCACAGGAAGAACCCGUACCCGACGAAAGGGGAGAAGAUUAUGCUGGCCAUCAUCACCAAGAUGACCCUGACGCAGGUCUCCACAUGGUUCGCCAACGCCAGGCGGAGGCUCAAGAAGGAGAACAAGAUGACCUGGGCGCCCAGGAAUAAGAGCGAGGACGAGGACGAGGAGGACGGGGACGGGGAGAGGAAAGAGGUGGAGCGCUCCGAAAAAGCCCUGGAUAACAGCGAGGCUUCAGCGGAGGAUGAAGGUAUCAGCUUGCACGUCGACACCCUGACGGACCACUCCUGCUCGGCAGAGUCUGACGGCGAGAAGGUCAGCUGCCGUGUGGAGGAGCUGGGUACCGACCAGGCCGGCGACAAACGCGACGCGGACGACGAAGAUCAGGGCCACGACCCGCGGGCGCAGCUCUCGCCCAAACCCGUCACCUCGUCGCCUCUCACGGGAGUAGAGGCGCCGGUUCUCAGCCAUCACCAACAACACCACCACCACCACCACCACCACCUCCAUCACCUCCACCAUCUCCACAGCCAGCGCGAGGAUUUGGCCCGGAGCCUCGUCAACAGCAACAGUAUCGGUACCAGUAAAUCGUCCUCAUGCCUCGACAGCAGAUCCUCCUCGGGGCCGCCUCAGAACCCUGCAGCCAAGCCCAAACUGUGGUCGCUGGCGGAGAUUGCUACCUCGGACCAAAAGCAGCAGCAUCAGCAGCAGCAGCAAGUGGGGCAGCCUGGGCAACCCAGCUGCCCCUCCUCCAGCGGUGGCCUCCUCACUCCCCCCACGCCUUCCACCACCUCCCCGGCUGCCAGUUCCCCCUCCCUCUACCCGGCCCCCUCCAUCCUCGGAAGACCUAUUUAUUACACGUCUCCCUUUUAUAGCAAUUACACAAACUAUGGCAACUUCAGCCCCCUGCAGGGCCAAGGGAUCCUGCGGUACACUAAUUCAUCCGGAGUGAGUCUGGCCGCCGCAGCCGCCGCCGCCGCCGCCGCCGCUGCUGCAAACGAGGGUCUCAGCUCCUCUCACCAGGCUGCGGAGGCGAGCACAAACCCCAAACACAGGCCAGACUCCCCCCUCGUUAAAAAUAACCCAAACCAGAUUGUUGUUGUUGAGCAGCAGCAGCAGCAACAUUUCAGAGCCGCAAAUUUAGAAGCCAAGAAAGGUACGUAA